CUCGCGGCACGCGGUCCCUUUCCGGUCACCGGUAGCACCGGUCGUCACGUCGUCUGUGAGCGUAUACGUAUACGUGUGGGUGUGUGUGUGUGUGUGUGUGUGGGUGAUAUAGAGAACUUCACAAUCGUCGUCGACACGCGACGCUCACCGGCAUUUGUACCAACCACCAACAUUCAUGGCGUCCACAAAUACACCUCCCGAAAUUCCACCGCGAAGACACAGCUCAACCGUUUCACCAAUCAAGAUUAUUAAUCAAAAUUCUGCCGCAGAGUCAAAAUCUCCUUCCUUUCUAUCAAGGAGACAUUCAUCUUGUAUUGACGAUAACAUGGAUACUGAAACUGACACGGCGUUGUACCCGGCCACUCCAUCGACCACGGUGCCUUCGAUUCCGGCAAGGCGAAACCCUGGACCGCCAGUGAUAAGUCCUCGCCCAGCCCAAUACAAGUUGCCACCGCCGCCGCGAGCGACCAAUGGCUGUGCGGGCGAUCCACCGGCCGACCGGCAGACCAUCAGAGGGUUCAUCGAUGACCAUCCCAAAGACGUGGUCGUGGUCCAACAACAGCCUCUGCAACCGCAGCAACCGCAACAACCACAACAACCGCAGCAACCGCAGCAGCCACCGCAACUGCGCGCAAGAAGAUUCAAAGUACCGCCACCCAUCAAAUGCAUUUCAGAGCCACUGGACGGUGGCAGUCGCGAGAGUUACGAGAUGAUGACGCCCGCCAUGACUAUGUCACCCAAUCGACAGGACAGCGGUCAUUGGAGCGACUCGUACAGCGUCAACUCUUCGCCUGGCUACUCGACCAAGAGCAUGGAAACGCCGCUGCUAUCGUCGCACGCCAAAAUGAUACCGUCCCGGUCAAACAAGAAACGUUUCAUACUCGAUCGGUACGUCGUGUGCGAUCAGUGGAAUGGUCGGGCCAGAUUUUCACCGGCAAACAGCGGCCCGAUCAGCUCGAGCAGCACGGCCGAGCUCACCAAGAGCCAUUCGACGCCAGCCAGCCUGCAGGCAGUCGUCGAGUUCAACGAAAACUCACCCAGCUCUCUACAACACCGGGUGUUGGGAACCGAAGCCAUUGACGUCACUGAAGUAUUUAUUCGGCUGCAGAGGCGGCAAGUGGUGUACAACGUCGCCAUCCUGAUAUUCAUAACAGUUCUUUUGAUAUUUUUUGUACGAGUGGGUUUGCCGGGCAGUGGCGGUGGUCAAGUGUCCGUAAGCAAAACGGCGUCGACGAUCGUGCGGAACUCAAACGCCGCCUCCUCCGGCGCCGACUACGCCAACGGCAGUGGUUCGCCGUUGAAGACCGUUUCCGUCGACGACGACCUUUCGUCGGUGCACGUCUCCACCGCCGAUCCGUCGUCAAACAUGACGGCCACGACUCCGAAAAAAAAUAACGUUCCGAUCAUUCUGCCGAAUCCACCGGCGGUUGAAGAUAUGUACGACGUUGCAGUUUUCAAUCCCAUGUAUCCCAUCGUCGACUACCCCAAAAGCACUUGCCUACCGUCUUUUUGUCAAAACGUCACGUCCACCUUACCACAGUACCUGUACACUAUACCUUACAAGCCAGAAUACGAUCCCAGGGAGCUGAUAGCGCUGGAGUCUGUGGUAAACGUCCGCUGCUACGAGCUGACGGCACUGUACUUUUGUGCGCUUCUCGCGUCCAAAGGCUGUGGCAACCGCAAAUUGAAGCCUUGUCAGUCGCUUUGUAAAGAGACUAUUCGGAGCUGCGGUUUCUUUUUUGACAUAUUCGAAGCGUACCACGAACACCGGGAGUGCACGCAGUUCCCGAACGACAACAACAAUCCUAACACGUUUUGCAUCGGACACCGGGAAGUAAUCAACGUCAGGAAAAUGAAGCUCAGAGGACUUUGCCACGAAGGAUUUAAGUGUGACAAAAAGAGAUGUAUCCCGAUGGAUUGGAAAUGUGAUGGCCAUUUCGACUGUGAAGAUCAUACCGAUGAAUUGAAAUGUUCACAAUGCCCAGAUCAAUUGUUUUGCGGCGCUGGAAAAUGUAUAGCUGUAGAGCACAUUUGUAAUGGCGUAUCCGACUGCGAAUGGGGACAAGAUGAACGGAAUUGUGUGCGACUUAGUGGCGAGAUGGGAGUGCGAGGUGAAGGGAUGCUGGAGCUUUAUUCGCCGAACACGACGUCGUGGCGACCCGCAUGCAUUCAGAGCUGGGAUUCAGAACUGUCGGCCACCAUAAUUUGCAACAUACUUGGAUACAAACUAUCCUCUGAAAGCAUGCUCGGUGAGAACAACAAACUUUUGGCCUCCGUUAAGUACAACCAAUCAAAAGAAUACUACGACGAAAACAAAAUGACCGUUUAUAGAGAAAUCCGUUACUGUCCAGAUUCGUACUUGUAUCCGUCUAUAAGUCUCUUGUGCACUAAUUUUGAGUGCGGUGUCAGGCGGAGACCUCAAACCAUGUACCGCAAGACGAGAAUUGUGGGCGGCAGACCAUCACUACCCGGUGACUGGCCAUUUUUGGCCGCAAUCCUUGGCGGUCCCGAUGAGAUAUUUUACUGCGCCGGAGUGUUGAUAUCCGAACAGUGGGUUUUGACUGCGGCUCAUUGCACUGGAGGGAGGAAAAUCUUGGGGGACCUUUCGGAGUGGACCAUACAGCUGGGCAUGACGAGGAGACAUUCCCAUUCGUUUUUCGGACGAAAAGUGAAAGUGGAAAAAAUCAUCAGACACGAGAUGUAAAACAACGGGCCCGUUCAGCACGAUCACGAUAUCGCACUUUUCAAGCUCAGUGAAAAAUUAACGUUCCACGAGUUUUUACUUCCGGUGUGUUUACCGCCGCCGAACAUGGUUCUGAAAGCAAAUAUCAGUUGCACAGUCAUCGGAUGGGGUA